AAUGAUGCUUGAAGUGAUAUUGGCAAGGCAAAUGAUGAUCUUUAGAGAAAAGUAGCAGGCAGAUAUGAUGAAGUGGCACAGUAACAGCGCUGGCCACCAGAGUGCUGCUUCUAGCUGACUCUUUUGGGGCCUCUAAUGCUUCCUUUGGCGCCUCCCACAGAAGUACAUAAAACACCUCAAACCCAAGUUGGCUUUCAUCCCAAAUUCCAGGAAACUUUGCAAGGAUCAUGAGGAUUGGUACAACUUCUUAAAAGACUUGCUGCCUUUUGUCUGCAAUUUAGCUGCUUUUCUGUUAAAUUUCAAGUCAGUAUGCAGAUGGCCCCAUCUUUUACUUCUGCCUCUGAGUGUGCUGGAGAAGAGAAACGAGUUGGUACACGCACAGUAUUUGUUGGCAAUCAUCCCAUUUCAGGAACAGAAGCUUAUAUUGCACAAAGAUUUUGUGAUAAUAGAAUAGUCUCAUCUAAGUAUACACUUUGGAAUUUCCUCCCAAAGAAUUUGUUUGAACAGUUUAGAAGAAUUGCAAAUUUUUAUUUUCUCAUCAUUUUCCUUGUACAGGUCACAGUGGACACACCAACCAGCCCAGUUACUAGUGGACUUCCACUUUUCUUUGUUAUAACUGUUACAGCAAUCAAACAGGGAUAUGAAGAUUGGCUUAGACACAGAGCUGAUAAUGAAGUCAACAAAAGCACUGUUUACAUUAUUGAAAAUGCAAAACGUGUAAGAAAAGAAAGUGAAAAAAUCAAGGUUGGUGAUGUAGUAGAAGUACAGGCAAAUGAAACCUUUCCCUGUGAUCUUAUUCUUCUGUCAUCCUGCACAACUGAUGGAACCUGUUAUGUCACUACAGCCAGUCUUGAUGGUGAAUCUAAUUGCAAGACCCAUUAUGCAGUACGAGAUACCAUUGCACUGUGUACAGCCGAAUCCAUUGAUAACCUUCGAGCAACCAUUGAAUGUGAACAGCCUCAACCUGACCUCUACAAGUUUGUUGGGCGAAUCAGUAUCUAUAGUAAUAGUGUUGAGGCUGUUGCCAGGUCUUUGGGACCUGAAAAUCUUUUGCUGAAAGGAGCUACACUUAAAAAUACCGAGAAGAUAUAUGGAGUUGCUGUUUACACUGGGAUGGAAACCAAAAUGGCUUUGAACUACCAAGGAAAAUCUCAGAAACGCUCUGCUGUUGAAAAAUCUAUUAAUGCCUUCUUGAUUGUUUAUUUAUUUAUCUUACUGACCAAAGCUGCAGUAUGUACAACUCUAAAGUAUGUUUGGCAAAGUACCCCAUACAAUGAUGAACCUUGGUAUAACCAAAAGACUCAAAAGGAACGGGAGACUUUUAAGGUUUUGAAAAUGUUCACCGACUUUUUAUCAUUCAUGGUUCUCUUCAACUUUAUUAUUCCUGUCUCCAUGUAUGUCACAGUAGAAAUGCAGAAAUUCUUAGGCUCAUUUUUUAUCUCAUGGGAUAAAGACUUUUUUGAUGAAGAAAUUAAUGAAGGAGCCUUGGUUAACACAUCAGACCUUAAUGAAGAACUUGGUCAGGUGGAUUAUGUAUUUACAGAUAAGACUGGAACACUCACUGAAAAUAGCAUGGAAUUCAUUGAAUGCUGCAUUGAUGGGCACAAAUAUAAAAGCACAACUCAGGAAGUUGAUGGAGUAUCUCAAACUGAUGGGCCCUUAACCUGUUUUGAUAAAGCAGAUAAGAACCGUGAAGAGCUCUUUCUGCGUGCCCUGUGCUUGUGUCACACUGUAGAAAUUAAAACAAAUGAUGUUGUUGAUGGACCUACAGAAGCAGCUGGAUUCACCUAUAUCUCCUCCUCACCAGAUGAAGUAGCUUUGGUGAAAGGAGCAAAAACGUUUGGGUUCACAUUUUUGGGAAAUUGGAAUGGACAUAUAAGAGUAGAGAACCAAAGAAAAGAAAUAGAAGAGUAUGAACUUCUCCACACCUUAAAUUUUGAUUCUGUUCGCCGACGUAUGAGUGUAAUUGUAAAGACCCAAGGAGGAGAUAUACUACUUUUUUGUAAAGGAGCAGAUUCAUCUGUUUUUCCCAGGGUGCAUAACCAUGAAAUUGAGUUAACCAAAACCCACGUGGAACGUAAUGCAAUGGAUGGCUAUCGGACUCUUUGUGUAGCCUUCAAAGAAAUUGCUCCAGAUGAUUUUGAAAGAAUUAAUACACAACUAAUAGAGGCAAAAAUGGCCCUGCAAGAUAGAGAAGAAAAACUGGAAAAGAUUUUUGAUGAGAUUGAGACAAACAUGAAUUUAAUUGGAGCCACUGCUGUGGAAGACAAGCUGCAAGAUCAGGCUGCAGAGACCAUUGAAGCCCUGCAUGCAGCUGGCUUGAAAGUCUGGGUGCUUACUGGAGACAAGAUGGAAACAGCCAAAUCCACCUGCUAUGCCUGUCGCCUCUUCCAAACCAAUACUGAACUCUUAGAACUGACCACAAAAACCGUUGAAGAAAGUGAAAGGAAAGAAGAUCGAUUACAUGAAUUGUUAAUAGAAUAUCGUAAGAAGUUGUUGCAUGAAUUUCCUAAAAGCACUAGAAACCUUAAAAAAGCAUGGACAGAACAUCAGGAAUAUGGAUUAAUCAUUGAUGGCUCCACGUUGUCACUCAUACUAAAUUCUAGUCAAGACUCUAGUGCAAACAACUAUAAAAGCAUUUUCCUACAAAUCUGUAUGAAAUGUACUGCAGUACUCUGCUGCCGGAUGGCACCAUUACAAAAAGCCCAGAUUGUCAGAAUGGUGAAAAACUUGAAAGGCAGCCCCAUAACACUGUCAAUAGGUGAUGGUGCCAAUGAUGUCAGUAUGAUUUUGGAAUCCCAUGUGGGAAUAGGUAUUAAAGGAAAAGAAGGUCGCCAAGCAGCCAGGAAUAGUGAUUAUUCUGUUCCAAAAUUUAAACAUUUAAAGAAAUUACUAUUGGCUCAUGGUCAUCUGUAUUAUGUGAGAAUAGCACAUCUUGUACAAUAUUUCUUCUAUAAGAAUCUUUGUUUCAUUUUGCCACAGUUUUUGUACCAAUUCUUCUGUGGAUUCUCACAACAGCCACUCUAUGAUGCUGCUUACCUUACAAUGUACAAUAUUUGUUUCACAUCCCUGCCCAUCCUGGCCUACAGUCUACUGGAACAGCACAUCAACAUUGAUACUCUGACCUCAGACCCUCGAUUGUAUAUGAAAAUUACUGGCAAUGCUAUGUUACAGUUGGGGCCCUUCUUAUACUGGACAUUUCUGGCUGCCUUUGAAGGGACAGUAUUUUUCUUUGGAACUUACUUACUUUUUCAAACUACAUCUUUAGAAGACAAUGGAAAGAUAUAUGGAAACUGGACAUUUGGAACCAUUGUUUUUACAGUCUUAGUGUUCACUGUAACUCUGAAGCUCGCCUUGGAUACUCGAUUCUGGACAUGGAUAAAUCACUUUGUGAUUUGGGGUUCUCUAGCCUUUUAUGUUUUUUUCUCAUUCUUCUGGGGAGGAAUUAUUUGGCCUUUUCUGAAACAACAGAGAAUGUAUUUUGUGUUUGCUCAAAUGCUGUCUUCUGUGUCCACAUGGUUGGCCAUAAUUCUUCUAAUAUUUAUCAGCCUUUUCCCUGAGAUUCUCCAAAUAGUAGUUAAGAAUGUACGAAGAAGAAGUGCCAGGGUAACGAAACGCCUCCCUUCCUCAGGAACAUCUACUAUCUUCAUGCUUUCUCAAACUUCCAGCAAUCACAGUUUCUCUUGGAGUGAAUAAGAGCACCAGCACAAACUCUCAGAGGUGUUCACCAAAAGGAUGAAUCUGAAUCUUGAACUGCCCGUGUUGUUGUCCUACAAGCAUAUUGACUGUGAUUACAGCUAAAGAAAGACAGCAUGAAGGAACAACUACAAAAGAUAUUAACUCAGGAUACUCAAUAUGCAACAAAGCCACUUUCAUGUAUAGGGUUCAGAAUAAAUGGCCAUUAAAAUACCAAACAACUCUCCUAACCAUUUACAGUUAUAGUCAGUAGCCAUUAUGGUCAAAGUUAAGAAUUAUAUGAAAGUUUAAAGUAAGCAUACUUAGAAUUCUGGAUUUAGAUAGAAAAAUGUAACUAUGAAAUGGAUGCUCUUUUAACCCAUUGACUUUGUGAAUGGAUUUAAAUAUAGUAGUAUAAAGUAGAAGUCAUGCAAUGACAUUGAACAGAUUUUGCUAAUACAGUGUUACUUUUUGCCUGGCAAAAGACAUAGGCUGUUUGUAUCACAUUUCUCAUUCCUGCUAAGUGAUUAUCUUAUUUUUUCCACAUAAAAAAGAAAUACUUGAAAAUACAGAAAUACUAAAUGAUAUUACUGCAUCAGACAAAAUAGUUCAUCUUCUGUUCAAUCAUAGGCUAAUUGUCUUGGUCUAAUAUCCUUUCCAAAAAAUGCAUUGAGUAUUUUGUGUGAUACUGUUAAUUCUGGGUAUUAUUGUAGAAACAGGGUUGGAAAAGAUUAUUUGGUGUGUUUCCUUCUGAAUUACACACCGCUCAUGUAUUUGAGACUAUUAAACUUGAAAAUAAAACACUUCAGUCACUUCAGUAGCAGCCCCUCAAAACAGUUAAGCAAUAAAAAGAUAUUUCCAGUGUCAAUUUUGCUGGGUAAUGAGGUAAAGUGGGUUAAACAGAUAAAAGUAAACACCAUUCUUAGCAUUGGCGUUUUAUGGUUUUAUGUGGCAAAGAGGGGAAGAAGAGCUGACUUUAAAUCACUAACGGUUUUUAUGUGAAAGAAGUUGUGUUUGUUGUGUAUAAAUACAGCACUUUUUUAAACUUACCAAUUUGGUAGGGGAGAGAUCCAUUCCAAAAACAGUUCAGGUUGUGGAGCCAUGACUCUUUAGACAUGAACAUUGUCUCCUGGAGCUAACUGGGACAGGGGAGUGAUCUAAUUCUAAACUGUGAGAUGGACCUUGGUAAGAUCCUCAAACUGCUGGACCAAAAAGGGUUUAACCCCUAACAAGUUCACUUAAAACGUGAAUUAAGUGUGAAAUGUCUUUAUUUGAAAGAAGGAUCACAUUUGAAAGCUAGGCUAAAAUGAUAUUUAGAAAAUAUUUUUCUAUCAGUUUCUAAUAUGUUUUUGUCAUUCUGACAUGCCUGUACUAUUUGAUGUUUAUAUUGUACCUUGAUUUAGUUCAUUCUAUUCCAGUAUAUUUAUAUAGUCUAUAUGGCACAUUUGAUUCUUUCAUAUAUAUUGUGUCAAUGUUUAGGUGUAAUUUUUCUUAAAUUCUAGAAAGGUCAUAAUUUCAUUUAUCAGAAACCAUUCCAUAAUUACUUAAUUUAAUUUGUUCUUGUCUAUCAGUAUUAUUUUUGAGUAUUUUGUUAGGUGUCAUUCACAAUUUAAGUGUGCUUUUGUAGCCUGUAUUUGAGGUGAUCUGCUGAAAGCAAAGUCUUUCUAUUUUUUGCCUGUUCCAAAGAGCUAAAACAUCUAAUCCAGGAAAGCUUUGCUAUCUUAUUGUUGUUGCUGCUGUAUUGUUAUUAUUUUUACAUCAGAACUAUAAGGACUGUGAAUAACUAUAAGAGCCAAAUAGAGAGGCUUAGUUAAUGCAGAACAAUUGAGGAAUUGUUAUAAUCAGGAUAAUAGAAAUAAAACUGAAUGUGCGACCUGUUGUGGAGAGAAAUCUAGAUAAGCAAGUGAGGGGUAUUAGGAUCAUGUCUCAGUUACACAUUACAUUGUACACUGCAGCUCAAAUCAGAGGAACCUGGGUUUGCUUUUGAAAGAUUUUUAUUAGUGAUUUAAAACAUGGCUAACGUGGGAUUAGCAGAUGAAGUAACUUGAAAUGAGCCAUCCAGUAUUCCUAGCACUACAAUCUAACCACUCUUAUAUCGGCACUCUUAUAUAGAGGGCAAGAAAUCAGUAAAUAAAAAAAGUAGGAUUAUAUUACCAUAAUUUGAAUGAAUUUUGAACUAUCAAAGUGUCCAUGUAAUUUUCCAAACUGUUGUCUAUUGUUUGAGGAUGUUGCCUAUUAAACAGAAAAUAUUCAUUCCAUAUCUACUACAUAUACACCAGCAACAGUAGAAAUGUAAGCCUAAAUUUGCAAAAGUCAUAAUUUAGUGAUGAAAUUUUUUAAUAACAUGCAGUAUAUAAAUGCAAAUUUUAUGCAGAUGUUGAUAAAAUCAUUUUUCAGCUUAUAAAAUUGAACUGCAAUAUUACAUUUUUCACUUAAGCAAUUUUUUUACAUCUACUUUGUUGCUUUCUAAAAUGAACAUGAAUGCCAUCUUUUAUGAAUGCAACUUGCCUUUUUCAUUACAGAAAUUUUCGUUUGAUGUAAUCAAUAAACUUUGGUAUGAUAUGAUUGAUAUUUGAGCCUCUUUUUUAAGUAUCAAUUUGAUAUCAAAAUGUUAUGGAUGCAAUUUAGUGAUAGGAAGUAAGUUUCUAAUUUCCUGUUUGCAUGUACAGUUCACAAAAGAUUGCUACAUCUCUAUGAAUUCAACUGAUGUUUUAUGGCAGUACCAAAUUUGAGGUGGGUAAGAAACUUUUGAAAAUUUUUAAUAAGAUCAUAUUCUAUAGUUGUAUAAAUAAAGGCUCAGCCAGGAUGUACCUAUGAAUACAGUGUGUAUUAAUCAUGCACAAGGUCUUGGCUUUGAUACCUAGUACCAAAAAAAUAUAAGCACAACCAGCUCAAUAAAUGCAUGUUACUGCUGCCUACACACCGGAGGGAAUGUGAUGUACAUUCUGUGUGAUCUGUAUUUAAAACCUAUUGAAACUAUUUGAUUCUUAAGUGACCAAAGAUGAAGUUUUGCCGUAGCUUGAAAAUUAGUCCAAAGAUGUGCAUAUUCGCAUCUCCCCGCCAUACCUCCCUAUAUUGCUCAGGCUACAUUCAGGCCUUGAGGAAGGCCUCUUUAUGGAAAAGUGCUUAGCUGUCAAACCAGUUGCUCCACCUAAAUGUAAUUGUGUUGCAUUUUAUACUUCAGUCGCUUCCUUUUGGUAACCUUUCAAUUCAGUUAGUACUCUGUUUAGUCUAUAUUUACUUUUUUAUUGUUGUGAGAAAUGUGCUGUAUUCAGAGACAAGAUCUGAAUUAAAGUUUCAAAUACUGUUA